AUGGAUGCGUUUAUCCAACAGGUUCGUGAAGGGAAUGUCACGGUACUGAACAUCAAUUUAGACAAGAACGGCUUGCUGAUCGCUGCACUACAGAAAGAACUGCAAAAUAGGUACCAGGAUGACAGCACGUUAGAUCGAUACGUCGAAGGGGCGCAACUGCACGACGGUCGCUGGACGCGAUUCAAUGUGCUUGUAUGCAGUUUUCUACGGUACUGCCGGGACGUGAAUCCCUGGUCGCUGUGGGAGUCCUCUGACCUGCUGUUCACGUGCUACCAGGACCUCGGGAACUGUCUGCUACAGGAUAGCUAUCCAAUAGAGGGUCUGGUGGGACUGUUCAAAGAGGAGACGGAGUGGAUCGUGCCACGGGCCGUACGCCUGGACUCGAACCGGAAGCUGGUGGGGACCAAGAAGCACUUGUUCGUGCAGCACGUCGCGUCGGUGAUCUCGAAGGUGUUCAAUAGCAUCAAGGGCCGAGUGGACGAGGCGGCAUCCGCGUAUGCUGCGCUGCCGGCGAAGCAGCAGAUACUACUGUACGUUGCCAACCAGCUGAACAACAUAUACUUCCGCAUUGACUCGCCGUCAUCCUGUGCGAACAUCUUUAAGAACAUACAGCCGAAAUCCAUGAUCGAGCACUUUCAGCAAUACCCAAUCGAAGAACAGGUUGAGUACAGAUACCUAUUGGGACGCUACUACCUAUCUAGCUACCGCAUCAGUGAUGCCUUCGCGCAGCUGCUUCGCGCGUUCCAGGACCUUUGUGCUCUUGCACGUGCGGCCCAAGCGCCUGUUCCGGUCCUGCAGCGCAAUAUGGUGCGCGUCUUGCGCUACCUGGUACCUGCAGGCAUCAUUCUCGGACGCCCGCCUCCCUUUGCCCUGUUGGAGUCUCUGGCGCCGGCAUUGGGUCGCUCGUAUAGCGAGCUCAUCCACGCGCUCAAAACGGGCAACUUACAGGCGAUGCACCAAUGGCUUCGCAGCCACGAGGACGAGCUCCGAAGGCGCAGACUUCUGCUCUUGAUGCUUGAGAAACUUCCUCUACUCGCAUACCGUAAUCUGCUACGGCGGGUGUUCCAAAUCGUGGCGCUACCAGCAUACUCUAACCGGAUCCCGUACGCGGCAGUUGAGACGGCCUUACGGCUCUCCAUCGGCUCGCCAGAACCCACCGCGCCUCCAAUAUACCGUCUGGUACAUACUCCGGACAACGCCGAGAACGUACUAGUCACUCUUAUCAACUACAGCUUCCUCCGUGGCAACUGCUUUCCGCUGAACAGGAUGUGCGUGACCAUGAAGACCACUAACCUGCUGGACGUCUUCCCGGCCAUCACGCCCAAGAUUGCAUCGAAGUUCCCUCAGAACCACGAUGACGCCUGGUUGGACUCAUAA